CAAAUUCUAAUAAUUCUUGAUUUCAAAAAACAAAAAUCUAAGAAUUAACCCAAUAAUAUGCACAGUUAAUUGUAGGAGAUGGAACAUGACAAUAAUUCCUUUCCAAUAAGGAGCAGUAAUUUAAUUGGUUCGUUGAUUUAAUCAUUCCCAUUAGGUUUAGGAAAAGGAUAUGAAUGCAUAUAUAAAGGGCCAUAGUUGAUUUUGUUUUUUGAUAAACCAAACCAAACCAAGCCAAGUUCGUUCGUUCAUAAUGUCAAGCAAUAUCAUCAGCAGAAAGUUGGCGAUAAGUUUCAUCAACCACUCGUGUUUGUUAUUAGGACUAGCAGCUUCGUUUUCAUGGCUAUACUUUGGCCAGCGCGUGAGUUCUUGGGGAAGAGCUCUUCAUCCGAACCCCCUCGUAGACCUGGGGCUAUUAUCGUUGGCUGUAUGGCUCUUUAAGAAGAUGACGUGCUGGUUUUUUCCGAGUCGCAAAACAAAGAUAACCAAUUUGAUUUCUCUGGCCAUGCUUCAAAUCCUCAUCAUGAUCAUCCUGGUCAUGGGUUAUGCCAUGGUGGUCACCCAUAAGGGAGAAGGAAGGGUAGUUCCUGGAAAAGCCUACAAAGAGUAUGAUCGUGGGGACUUUUCCAAGGAGUUUAUCAGAGCAUGUUCAUCAGGAGAAUCACAGACGGGUCUUAUGUACGAUGCGGCAGCAGAUUCCGGAGUUUGCACUAGAUUUGGAGAGCAAUUCAAUCAUCUUAAUGAGUUGGAGUUCUACAAUACCAAUUUGACUCCAUUACAGUCAGGUUGCUGUAAACCGCCCAGCUAUUGUCCUUAUGAGUUCAAGAAUGCAACAAUUUGGAAAGAAAAAUACCUCAGAAAAUACUUUUUCAAAAAAGACUGUAUGUAUUGGAUAAAUGAAGGUGAAAAAACACUACUGGAUGGGUACUGUUUCUAUUGCGAUUCGUGCAUGGGUGCCAUACUUUUCAACAUAAAGUCGGAAUGGAGACAUAUGGUCCUUACCGAUACACUUGUAUUUAUAUCAUUGCUCCUUUUCUACUCAUUACGCCGUCGUUUUUUUUUCUAUUUCCAUUAAAUUGUCUUUGUAUUA